GUAGGUAUGUUAAAACGUGCGUGUGGUGUCUUCCAGAUUUACGAUUUAUUUUUGAUGUUACAGCAACACCGAGUUAAACUGGAGAUUCAUCGAGGAUCCAGGAUUCAUUAGGACGGAUUUUCUGUUUUUACAGUACAUGUUGCUGUAACGACUUGGCACGAAUCAGGACUUUCCCAAAAUGCAGCAACCAGUGAAUGAAGAAGGUGUGGCCUAUGAGCCAUCUCCAAGAAGCUAUGACGACCUAUUUCCUGCCCUACCAGAAUCUGCACCCCCUAUGCAAAGCAACAACACCAUGGGGCAGUGGACCAACAGCAAGAUGAGGGUGGGUUCAUCAACCAUCACUCAAGUUUUCAGAGUUCCAUAUGAAGAACGUAAAUUGGACGGGCAAAAAUUCGGGGAAGGGGAAUCAAACCACAUUUGUGGCAACAUCAUGAGAGAAACAGGAGCUCACAUUGAGAUAUCUCAAGGAAAAGAUCAGUCUCUCACUUUCCUCGUAACCGGAAAACAGAACGAAGUACUAGAAGCAAGAAGGAAGAUUUUGACUCACUUCCAAACUCAAGCAAGCAAACAAAUAUCCAUACCGAAAGAACACCACCGAUGGAUCCUCGGCAAGAAGGGAGACAGACUGCGCGAACUCGAAAAAAACACCGCCACGAAAAUCUCCGUGCCUGCUAUGAACGACAACUCUGACGUGCUGACCAUUUCGGGUACCAAAGAGGGCAUAGAAAAAGCCGAACACGAAAUCCGAAUCACCUCCGACCAACAGUCUAAAAAGGCUUCCGAACGCCUCAACAUCCCCAAGCAGUACCAUCCCUUUAUCACGGGGCCCUUCAAUAGUAAUUUGAAUAGUUUGAUCUCGGAGACGGGGGCCAGGAUCAAUGUGCCUCCGCCCUCUGUCAUGAAGGACGAGAUUUUUAUCGCGGGGGAAAAAGAGGGGGUGAUGGCUGCUAAGGCUAAGAUCGAGGAGAUUUACAGGCAGAUCGAGAAAAAGUCGACCACCGUGUCGGUCGAGGUGCCAAAAAGUCAGCACAAGUAUGUGAUAGGGCCAAAAGGAUCGACCAUCCAGGAAAUCCUGCAGGAGACAGGCGUCAGCGUCGAGAUGCCUCAAACUGAUUCGCCAACAGGAACCAUCACUCUUCGUGGCCCGCACGACAAACUCGGUCUAGCCCUCAGCAAGGUCUACGAAAAAGCUAACUCAGUGCGCUCGAGUGACGUGGACGCUCCCUCGUGGUUGCACAAGUACAUCAUAGGACGCAAGGGCGCAAACAUCAAGGAAGUCACGCAACACCUGCCCAAGGUGCACGUCGAGUUUACUGACAAAGAGGAUAAGAUCAAGAUCGAAGGGCCUCCUGAGGAGGUGGAAAAAGCCCAAGAGCAAAUCGAAACCAUGGCCAGGGAUCUGAUUGGCAGGAUGACGUUCGUCGAAAUGCACGUGGAUCCGAAGCUGUUCAAACACAUCAUUGGAAAGAGCGGAGCUAACAUCAACAAAAUCAAGGAAGACUUUAACGUACUGAUCAACAUCGAUGAAAGCGGGCUUGUCAGGAUCGAGGGCAACAAAGACGACGUACUCAGCACGAAAAACGAGCUGGAUCAGCGAGUAUUCAAACUGGAAAACGAAAAGGAGAAGGACGUGAUCAUUGAGCAGCGCCACUACCGAAACAUUAUCGGUACCAAGGGCGAUAAGAUCAAAGAAGUGCGUGACAAGUUCAACCAGGUGCAAAUCUAUUUCCCCGGUCCUAGCGACCGGAACGACAUCGUGAAAGUGCGGGGGCCCAAAGAAGAUGUCGACAAGUGUGCCAGGCAUUUGGAGAAGCUGGUUAGGGAGCUCAAUGAGUCUUCUCAUCAAGUCGAUGUGCCGAUUUUCAAACAGUUCCAUAAAUUCAUCAUCGGCAAAGGUGGUGCUAACAUACGAAAAAUUCGUGAAGAAACCAACACGAAAAUCGACUUGCCCGCCGAGGGCGACAAAAACGACGUCAUAUCGAUCACCGGAAAAAAGGAGAACGUGGAAGAAGCGAGAGAGAUGAUCCGCAAGAUCCAAGACGAGCUCGAAACUAUCGUCACCGAUGAGAUAACCAUCGACCCAAAGUUCUACAAUACAUUGAUCGGGGCCAAAGGCAAGCUCAUCCAUUCUAUAAUGGAGGACUGCGGCGGGGUGGCGAUCAAGUUUCCCAGCGCCGAUAGCAAGAGUGACAAGGUGACCAUACGGGGACCCAAGGAGGAUGUGGAUAGGGCGAAGAAUCAGCUGCUGGAUUUGGCCAACGAGAGGCAGCUGGCUAGUUUCAGUGCCGAGGUUCGCGCCAAAGCUCAACACCACAAGUUCCUUAUCGGCAAAAACGGUGCCAACAUUAAAAAGAUCCGGGACUCUACCGGAGCCAGGAUUGUUUUUCCAUCGAACAAUGAUGACGAUCGUGAAGUCAUCACCAUCAUCGGAAAGAAAGAGGCUGUGGAAGAGGCGAAAGAUGCGCUGCAAGCGAUGAUCAAAGAUAUCGAUAAUAUUACGGAGGGCGAGAUGCAAGUGCCCCCGCGCCACCACAAGUACUUCGUAGCGAGGCGCGGCGAGGUGCUCCAUCGCAUCGCUGACGACUGCGGCGGCGUGAUGAUCUCCUUUCCCCGCUCGGGGGUGGACAGCGACAGGGUGGUGCUAAAGGGCGCCAGAGAGUGCAUAGAGGCUGCCAAGGCUCGGAUAGGGGAGAUCGUGGAGGAUUUGGAAUCGAUGGUGACGAUCGAGUGCGUGAUACCGCAGAAGCACCAUCGCACGGUGAUGGGUGCCAAAGGUCACAAGGUCCAAGCCAUCACGUCGGAAUACGACGUGCAAAUCAAGUUCCCCGAGCGCGACAAUCAAGAAGAGUACUUCGAAGGUGGCGAACAAGUGAACGGCGACGCGGACGGCGAGUCGAUCCGGCAGUGUGACGUCAUCAGGAUCACCGGCAAGGACGUCAACUGUCAGCGCGCCAAGCAGGCAUUGCUCGACCUCAUUCCGAUUUCCAUCAGCGUCGAUGUGCCCUUCGAUCUUCACAGGUCGAUUAUAGGUCAGCAGGGACGCGGUGUCAAAGAUCUCAUGGACAGGUAUGACGUGCACAUCGUCCUGUCACCUCCCACCAUUUGCGAGGACGUCAUCAAAAUCACCGGAACGGCAGAGAACGCCGAAAGGGCUCGCGAGGCCGUGCUGGAAAGGGUGCAAGAACUGGAGGCGGAUCGAAGGGAGCGCGAGUUGAGAUCCUUCGCCCUCACCAUGGAGGUGAACCCCGAGUAUCAUCCGAAAAUCAUCGGCAAAAGGGGCGCGGUGAUCACGAAAAUCAGGAAGGAUCACGAUGUGCAGAUCAAUUUCCCGAGAAAAGGUGAUCCGGACGAGCACAUAAUCACGAUAACCGGAUACGAGGAUAACACUCACAGCGCCAAAGAGGACAUUAUGAAGAUCGUCGACGAGCUGAACGAGCUAGUCAAAGAGGAGAUUUCGAUCGACGCGCGCAUCCAUUCGCGCCUGAUUGGUGCCCGAGGACGCAACAUACGCAAGGUAAUGGAGGACUACAACGUCGACAUAAAGUUUCCGAGAAGCGAUGAUCCCGAUCCCAACUUGGUCGUUAUUUCGGGACAGGAGGAAAACGUAACCGAGGCCAAGGACCAUUUGCUCAAUUUGGAAGAGGAAUAUCUUCAAGACUUCGACGAGCAACAAACCCGCGAAAGGCAGCACACCCUCAACAUCCAUUUCGACCAGCCCUCCCAGCAGAACCCUCCCUCUCGAGGCGGGGGCGGCCGAGGCAACGGUUUCGUGGUGCAGGGCGGCCCGUGGGAGCAACGGGCGGCUCCCAACACGUCCAGCGUCACCGAGUUCCCGUCGUUCGUGGGCGGUGGGAGACACGAUAGCAGCGAGGCACAUGCUCCCAGGGAGGCUCCCGCUCCGGUGGGCGGGGCCUGGGGGUCGCGGCGCUAGAAAGCGUCGGGUUAGGUUCGGUUUUUUCGCUUUGCGAGGGUGGUGCGCGGUGUUAUGGGUUUUAAUGCUCCGCCAUUGUUUCUUGAGUUUUUUUCAGAAAAUCAUCCGUAAUUUUCCUUGUUUCAAUGAUUAACAUCGUCCAUAUCUGA